UACUUCAAUUGUGAAUGACAAAGGCAAAUCGAAAGAACCUGCAUGGUAGAUUGCUAAAGUACACAGCUUCGUACAUUUUGUUAUUGCAUUCGAUAAAGGAUAAGAAAAUUGCAACUAUUUGAACCGGAGAUAUUUGUGUAAGCUGUAGAUGCGAAAGUUUUUAAUUGUGCCUAGUUCUCUUGCGUAGGAACAGGAGCUAUGGUAAUCGAAGAAGGCGAUAUUGGCACAGAAUCUAGUGAAGAUGAUUUAUUGGUGAAGGGGGUUUCAGGUGCAGGAAACGGAAGAGCAUCAGCCGCCAUAGUAGGAAGACCGAAUACUUCACCUGGCUAUUGGCUAUGCAUGCUGCUUCCACUUGCUCUCGCUUCUAAUCUUGUGCACAAGGUCAGAUGCACGGAGAAUAUUUCAACACAUGGCAUGCUUACAAUUGCAGCGGUUGGCAUGUGCGUAGAGAGUCUAUGCUUCUUUCUCUAUAUCUUUUGCAAAGCUGGUUUGCUACUUAAGCUAUUGAUUGCAUUUGUACCUGGUUUAAUUACGACAUUAUUAUACAAAGCGCUACUGCAACAGCCAUGGAGCUACGGAUUAUUCUGGGGAUUUGUCACUACAUUCUCUUAUCAAAACUCAUAUGUACGGGUUAUGCGUGCCUGUCCUGCUUGUUUCAGUUUUGGUGAGGCAGCUGUGCUAGUACAAGGACUGAUGCUGUUUAUUUUAAAUGUGAUUCUCAAACUGCCCAACACUUUGUUCUCAAAUCAAAUUAGGAGUGAUUUUGAUGAUCUUAAUGUUAUCAUGAUGUUCGCACUAUUUUAUUUGUUUGCUGUUUGCUGUCUACUAGCUGCUGCCAAUAUCCUGCGUACCACCGUUUGUUUUUAUCCUCUAAUAUUUUUAUUUGCCAUCACUGUGACAUGCUCACCAAUUACAAAUCCGAUUCCUCUAAUUACCUUAUUGAACUUCAUAUUGAAAGACAAAGCUAGGCUUAACAUGAUUUAUUUCUACAUAGCGCUGGUAGUGUUGACUUUUUUAGCCGUGUGGUGGGAAACAAGCCAGGAAGGAAAAGCAACCACAAGAGUACGAAAGAUAUUCCAUUUGCUAAUAGUGCUGGUGUACAUACCUGGAGUAGUUUAUCAAUGCACCUUUCUUUAUAUCGCAUCUGGUGUAGCGUUUGCAAUUUUCACUAUUUUGGAAUUAAUCAGAGUUUUUAAUAUACCUCCGUGGUCGAUAACAUUGUGCAGAGCUUUUACAUCAUUUUCGGAUGAGAAAGAUGCUGGCGUACUCGCCCUCACACCAUUUUGUUUACUUAUUGGUUGCUCUUUGCCCAUGUGGAUAAGUACAUGCCCCUGUGGUGCAAGUGAUGACCCCCGAAUACUUCCACUUUUGUCUGGUGUUCUCUCGAUUGGAAUUGGUGACACAGCCGCCAGCUGGGUCGGCUCAAAGUUUGGCCGCAUUAGAUGGCCUAACUCGGAUAAAUCGCUGGAAGGUACAUUGGCGUUUAUAGUCACUACGUUGUUAGCUAUAUUGUUACUAAACCUUUUUAGUCUCAUCAGUAUGUCAGCGUUGAAGUGGUUUACCGCUGGAAUUGCAACAUUGGCAACUGCUUUGAUUGAAGCCCAAACAGAUCAAAUAGACAAUUUAACUUUACCCAUAAUAUUUUAUACAAUUGUAAAUACAAUUUGAGACCAAUAACAGUAAAAUAAGUGCUUGAUUAACGUAGAACCUUAAGUGCAAUUUCGUUCUUAUACAAUUAGUUACAUAUGCUUGAUAUUCACGGAAUAAACACUUUAUUAACUAAGAAA